AUGGAGGCGCCGUAUAGCACGGUCGCAAAUGGCCCACCCAUGUCGAUGCAAUCUUCAAGACCGGGUAUCGAAUCUGUCCAAUCAGCACACGACUACGACAAGGGUCAUACAGGCGGAAGGAGUUGGGAGAUAUCAGAGUAUUUACCCCCUUCGGUUCUCGAUAUGUCCGCUGUGCAACACGAUUGA